AUGGGGAAGGGAGGAGGAAGAAGCGGUGGGAAAACGGGGAGCAAGGAGCCCGAGAGAGGAGCCGGCACUCGCCAUGUGCCAAUGGCUGCCGACCCCAAGUGGGGUGUGGAGUGGAUCGAGCUGCCCCGCGUCCUGAGGUCGUCUCGCCGGGACCCCGCCAGGACCCUGCUUGGGUGGAGCCGAGCCUCCUCCCCAUCUGUGGACAGCCGGGACUUAUCCGAGGUGGAUGUUGAAGACACUGUCGAAAUGCUUCCCAAGUCCCGGAGAGCCCUCACCAUUCAGGAGAUCGCCGCCCUGGCCCGCUCUUCCCUGCACGGAAUUUCCCAGGUGGUGAAGGACCACGUGACGAAGCCGACCGCCAUGGCUCAGGGCCGUGUGGCCCACCUCAUCGAGUGGAAGGGCUGGAGCAAGCCCCGAGACUCGCCUUCUGCCCUGGAAUCCGCCUUCUCCUCGUACUCGGACCUCAGCGAGGGGGAGCAGGAGGCUCGCUUUGCAGCGGGGGUAGCGGAGCAGUUCGCCAUCGCCGAGGCCAAGCUCCGGGCAUGGUCUUCGGUGGACGGGGAAGACUCCACGGACGAAUCCUACGACGAGGACUUUGCCGCAGGCGCCGACAGCCCUCAGCCUCCGGACAUAGCCGGGCAGCUAGGGCCGCACCUGCAGGACCUCCUGACGGGCCGGCGCUACUCGAGACCCCUGCGCCAGGGCUCCUGCGACCCGGAGAGCGACUCCUCGCAGACAGUGUCCCCCGAGACCCUGUGUUCAAGCCUGUGCAGCCUGGAGGAUGGGCUGCUGGGCUCCCCGGCCCACCUGAGCCCCAGCCUGCUGACCGAAGAGCUUCUCCUCUCCAAACUGCCCCCAAGCAGGGAAAGUGCCUUCCAGAGCCUGGGCCCCCUGGAGCGCCGGGACUCGUUCUACUCUGUGUCCUACACGGAGUCCUGCCUCUCGCCCGCCGAGGAUGAGCCCAUCGCCUGCAAGGACUGCCAGCCGCUGGGCCCCGUGCCCGGGGGCAGCUGGGAGGGGCGGCGGCGACGGAAAGUGUCCGAUGUGGCCUCCUCGGGCGUGGUGUCUCUGGAGGAGAACGAGGCCGAGCCCGAGGAGCAGUGA